AUGGUUGGUGGUGGUGCUAGGGUUUCGAUUCCGGCGAGUACUCGGAAGAUGAUUCAGAACAUUAAGGAGAUCACUGCCGGCAACUAUAGCGAGGAGGAGAUUCAGGCAAUGCUUCAUGAAUGUAACAUGGAUCCCGACGAGACUGCCCAACGCCUACUUCUUCAGGAUCCAUUCCAUGAGGUUAAAAAAAAGCGUGAUAAGAGAAAAGAGAACGUUAGCAACAAGGAUGCUGUUGAACCACAAUGGAGAUCUGGUGGCCCUGGCCGUGGUAGCAGGGGUGGUCGUAUGAAUUUCUCUUCCCGCCAUUCAUCACAUGAUGGUGGUGGCGCAAAGAGUUCUUACAGAAAAGAAAAUGGUCCAAAGCAGGUCACAGAUCCAUCAGCUUCAACCUCGCAAGAGAUGAAAACUAAAGAGAUUGCUUUGGUGUCAAGCUCUGAUGUUCAAGUGAAAGCUACUGGGUCUUCAGUUCCCUCAAGCAACGUUGAUGAUGCACCAUCUUCUGUUGCAUUAAGCAAAAACCGUGCAGCAUUGGGCUCUAGGGAUGUGCAUACUGAGCAGAAGUCGGCUGAUUCUCUGCCACCUCCUCGUCCAUCCUCCUCUGAAGUUCGAUUUGCGUCUUCGAAUCGCAAAUCAGGGAGCGAGCAAACAGCAGCGCAUGAACAACAUAUUGGAGAAAGCAAGUUCCAUACCAGAUCCCGUGGGGUUGGGAAGGCUGCCAUGAAUGAUGCAUAUGUUCCAAGGCCUGCUUCAUCUCACAGCAACAACAGCACUGGAAGUCGUCCUUCUUCAAACUACAGUAAUCGGUCACAUCAGACCGUUGGUACACAAAGAGGUGCUGGUUCCAAUAAGGAAUGGAAACCUAAGCCAGUGAACCAUAACACUGCUCAGGGUUCUGGUGCAUCAUCUACAACUGAAGCUCUUGCAGCUCCUACUGAAGCAAGUGACAAAUCUGUUGAAGAAGUUAUCCCUUCGGCCGAGGGCGCAUCUAGGUUGCAGAGGCAGCUUGAAGACCUGCAGAUUCAACGUCAGCACGUUAUUAUUCCAAACCAUAUUCUUGUUCCAGAGGCUGAACGAACCAAGUUGAGCUUUGGAAGCUUUGAUGCUGGCUUUUCUAUUACAUCAAGCUCAGUAACUUUUCCGGAGAAUGAAGAGAGAUCUGCACCUCUCUCUCAGAAUUCGCAGGAAGUUGAAGAGAUUUAUGAAGAGGAGGAAUAUAGGCACCCAAUUGUCCAUUCGACUGAAAAGGAAGUAGACAAUAAUGUAUACUCCCAGUCGCAACAAGUUCCAGAUGAGAUGGCUGGUGAAGGUAUCACUUCAACAAAUGCACCUCCACAGUAUGAUGUUUCCAAGCAAGAUAAUAUGUUGGAGUCCGAAAGCUACCAAAACUCUCUUGGUCCUCCAGCUCCUGGGAGCCAGCUACCACAAUUUGAGAGUGCCGACCCUCAAGCACGUGAUGCCUUUCGUAUGCCCAAUUUUGUGGUCCAACAACCAUUUGAUACAGCAAGUUACUAUGCUCAAUUCUACCGCUCAGGCCCUGACAGUGAUGGCCGUGUUUCUCCAUUUGUAGCCCCAGGGGUUGCGUCCAAAUUUAAUGGCAAUGUCACAGUAUUGCCUCCGCAUUCAUCUCAAACCAUGCAAGAGGGUGGAAACAACUUAGUUCUGUCUACAGGUGGUCCAACGCCAUUGGUAACUCAAGCAGCUGGGCUAAUGCAGAGCUCUUUACCUGUCACGCAGCAGCCUGUUCCUGUCUUCCGUCCGCCGGGAUUACACAUGUCACAUUAUCCACCAAACUACAUGCCAUACGGACACUACUUCUCCCCAUUCUAUCUACCACCACCGACAAUGCACCAGUUCUUAAGCAACGGUGCAUUUGCUCAGCAACCUCAGGCAAGCGGUGUGUAUCCUGCUCCUCCACCCCCUGGAGCUGCAACAGGAGGCAAAUACACACUCCCUCAUUACAAGCCCGGGAAUAAUACAGGAAACUUGGCUCAUGUUGGUAUGCCUGGUGGUUAUGGACCAACAUAUGGUUCCUUCCCAGCAGGAUAUAACCCCACCUCUGCUGCUUCGGCCGGGAAUUCAACUUCCAACGAGGAUCUCAACUCAUUGCAGUUGAAGGAAAACAACGGCUACAACACAACAGGGCAACAGAGUGAAGCAUUGCCUGUAUGGAUUGCUGCACCAGGACGGGAUGUGCCGAGCUCUUUCUACGGUUUACAACACCAUGGGCAACACGUGACGUACGCACCUGCACAAGCUGGUCAACAUGUGGCAUUCCCAGGUAUGUAUCAUCCGGGACAAGCAGUGACAGCAGCAGGAGUUCACCAUCCGCUCUUACAACAGUCUCAAGGUGGUCCUGGGGCUGAAAUGGUUGCACCUGCGCCUAACGUUUUCCAACAGCCUCAGCAAACACAGAUGAAUUGGCCAAGUAAUUACUGA